CUCACUUUUACCAAGGCUGUACACUGGAUCCUGGCCCUGGAUUAACCACCUGUAGGUCUUUCCGUCUGAUAGAAGUGAUCAGCAAUUUGGGCACCCUGGCUGUGUAUCUACUGAAGAUGCUGUGAUCCCACUUUUCUGGAAGCGAGUGUUCAUGUAGGAGAGGAGGAGAUUCGCGAAACCCUCCAGUGAAAGAGGAGGGUGGUUUACAAUCCAGGAGGGGCCGUCGACGGUCACCGCAGCUUCUGACAGGAAAAGCUUUGAAGAAACCCAAGAUGAUAUUUCGCCUGGGACUUAAGGUUUCUCAGGUCCUAAUCAUCCUUGCACUGACAGUGUCAGCAGCAGAUGCCCAGAGGGCAGGCUGUAAAAAUGUCCAUUAUGACUUGGUGUUCAUCUUGGAUACGUCAUCGAGUGUUGGCAAGGAGAACUUUGAGAAAGUCAGACAGUGGGUAGCUAACCUCGCGGAAUCCUUCGACAUCGGGCCGGAUAAAACACGGGUGGCCGUGGUCCGUUACAGCGACCGACCCACCACCGAGUUCAACCUUGGGAGGUACAAAACCCUGGAGGAGGUCAGGAGGGCCGCAAGGAGUAUAAAGUAUAUCGGAGGCAAUACUAUGACCGGAGAUGCCAUCAGCUACAUAACCACCAACAUCUUCACGGAGCGCGAGGGAGCCAGGCCUGCGGUCUUGGGCGUCCAGAGAGUAGCCAUCCUCAUGACGGAUGGACGGAGCCAGGACUAUGUGCUGGAGCCAUCCAAAGCCGCCCACGAGGCAGGGGUCAGGAUGUUCGCUGUGGGCGUCGGGGAGGCACUCAAGGUGGAGCUGGAGGAGAUCGCCUCCGAGCCCAAGAACGCCCACGUCUUCCACGUGUCUGACUUCAACGCCAUCGAUAAGAUACGAGGGAGGCUCAGAAGGAGGCUGUGUGAGAAUGUACUGUGUCCAAACAUGAAGGUGCGGGAAGACCGUUUCAAGCCCAACAGCACCAGCGCUGGCCUCACCGAAGUUCCAGGAUUUGACCUCAUGGAGUAUUUCAACGUUCGGGAUCUUUUGGGGACGAGGUUUGAACCAGGUCAAAGCUCCUAUGUACGGCUUGGGACCUUGCCUGUUGUACAGAAAACUGAAGAUGUUUUCCCUCAAGGUCUUCCCGAUGAAUAUGCCUUUGUGACCACAUUCAAAUUCAGAAAAAGCUCCAGACGAGAAGACUGGUAUCUCUGGCAAAUCUUUGACAAAUACGGGAUCCCACAGGUAUCCAUCCGCCUGGAUGGGCCAAACAAAGCCCUGGAGUACAAUGCCGUCGGGCUGACCAAGGACGCCGUGAGAGCUGUGUUCAAGGACCCUGAGGUUGAGAACCUGUUUGACCGAAACUGGCACAAGAUCGCGCUCAGUGUCCAGGCCAAAUCGGUGUCUCUCUACCUGGACUGUAAGCAUCUACAAACACUGUCCAUCGAAGACAGAGAAGAUAUUGACAUGAAUGGGAAGACGGUGAUUGGCAAGCGGGUGUAUGACAGUGUGCCUAUCGACUUUGACCUGCAGAGGAUGGUCAUAUAUUGUGACUCCAAGCAUGCAGAGCUGGAGACCUGCUGUGACCUCCCCAAAGGCCCGUGUCCGAAGGAGGUCGUGAUCGAGCACCCCACUGCUGAGAUUCCCACCACCCCCCCCCCCAAAAACGACGAGCAGAAGAGCGGCCCCACAGCCAUUAACUGCACUUGUGCAGAAGGGGCGAAGGGAGAGACUGGUCCACCUGGACGUGAUGGUGCCAAGGGUGAAAAGGGUGACACUGGGAGUCAGGGUGAAAUUGGACCCCCUGGCCUGAAAGGACAGAAAGGAGAAACUGGCAGGGCCGUUUCUAUCAAAGGUGACAGGGGUGAAAAGGGCGAAUUGGGAUCUCCAGGAGAAUCCGGGUCCAGGGGAGACAAAGGGGAAAAGGGAUUACAGGGGCUUCUAGGGCUUUCUGGGAAAAAAGGAGAGAGAGGAGAAAGAGGUUUUAUUGGAGAAAGAGGAGAGAAAGGAUUAGCGGGUCCUUUUGGUCCUAAGGGAGUGCAGGGUGAUGCAGGACUUCCCGGAUCACCUGGUCCCAAAGGUGUAUCUGGUGACACAGGGUUCAAAGGAGACAAAGGAGAAACUGGGCUCAGGGGAACGGCUGGUUUGGAUGGAUUUCCAGGAAAGCCGGGUCUUCCGGGAAAAGACGGACCCAGGGGACUGAUCGGGCCACCUGGCACUAUCGGACCCAAAGGCGAAAAGGGAGAAAGAGGUUUACCAGGGGAAGUGGUUCAAAGAGAGAGCUUGAAAGGAGAGCCUGGAGCCCCUGGACCUAGCGGCCCCCAGGGUCCAAUGGGCCCCCCUGGAGCACCGGGUCCACAAGGUCCUCCUGGACUUCCUGGAGAGCCUGGGGAAUUUGGCCAUAGGGGAAAAAAGGGAGAAAGUGGCCUUCCUGGGGUUGAUGGAUUACCGGGACCACCGGGUCCUCAAGGUCCUCCUGGAAAUAGUGGCCCAUCUGGGUCUCCUGGACCACCGGGAUUACCUGGAGAAAUUGGGUUUGCUGGGAAGCCAGGAGAGCCAGGCAAACCUGGUUUGCCUGGUAAAGAUGGCUUGGAUGGAUUCCCAGGAUCGGAUGGGACGAAGGGGCCACCAGGGGAACCAGGUCUAGAUGGUUUUCCAGGAAAACCUGGCCCCAAGGGAGAAGAAGGUCCUCCAGGUCCGAGAGGCAAGGCUGGGGAGAGGGGAGAAGCUGGUCUGCCCGGAGAAUCAGGUGCCAUUGGGCCUAAAGGGGGAAAAGGCGAACAGGGUGAACGAGGCAGGGAUGGGUCUGCUGGAACAAUUGGGCAGAAAGGGGACAAGGGUGACAUCGGACCCCGAGGACCACCUGGAGAGCCGGGAAAUGUAAUUCCUGAGGCUGGACAACAAGGGAAGCCUGGCGAGAAAGGCGAGAGGGGAGACAAGGGCAACCCCGGGGAACCUGGUCAAAGGGGACUUCCUGGUGAACAAGGACAAAGGGGUCCACCAGGACCUCUGGGUCCACAGGGAGAUUCGGGUCUCAAAGGGCAAGCUGGGCAGAAUGGGGAGCCAGGUCCACCAGGGCUGACUGGUCCUCAGGGUCCACGUGGGUUACCGGGCAAUGUGGGUGUUCCGGGAAACGUGGGCCUCCCCGGUACAGAUGGUCUGAAGGGUGAGAAGGGUGAACCAGGAAAGGAUGGCCAGCCUGGUCCUCCAGGGAGACCAGGGGAAGCAGGAGGACCUGGAUCGCCUGGCAAGGGGAAGGAUGGUCACCCUGGAGAUCCGGGACCACCUGGCCUGCCAGGACCUCAGGGAAUGAAGGGCCCAACUGGACCACAGGGCAUGCAGGGACUCCCAGGAAGCAGAGGCACCCCUGGAGAGGCCAUAACAGGGCCCACGGGACCUCCAGGACCUCCAGGUGAAACAGGAGCAGCGGGCGUUAGAGGUCUGCCAGGAAGCCUGGGACCUCAGGGUCCUCCUGGGCACGAUGGUUUACCGGGACGGCCUGGUGAAAAGGGGUCCCAAGGGGAACCUGGAAAAGCAGCUGACUUGUCAGAGCUGGAUUUGAAGGGCGUAUGUUCAGAUUGCCCUGCAGGGGCCCCAGGGCCGCCUGGCAUGCCUGGAUUGCCAGGGGACAAAGGCAUUGCGGGACCCCCGGGCAAAGAGGGGCAAGAUGGACACCCGGGUCCUGCUGGGCUUACUGGUCCUGCUGGGCCUCCAGGAGCCGAGGGGACGAAGGGUAUAAAAGGUGACCGAGGACCUGCAGGUGCUCCUGGAGACAAAGGUGAAAAGGGACUUCCAGGGGCGCCGGGAUACCCAGGGGCUGCAGGCUUAGUUGGGCCUCCGGGUACCGAUGGUCAGCCAGGACCAAUGGGUCCUCCAGGUCCACCUGGAGAGAAGGGUAAAGAUGGUCUUAAAGGAAUCCAGGGCCCGCCAGGUUUACCUGGAUUAAUGGGAAUUGCUGGAAAAAUGGGGAAGGAUGGAAGGCCUGGUGAGCAAGGGGAGCCGGGAAAACAAGGAGAGCCAGGACUCCAAGGCCGAGACGGACUCAGAGGGCUUCCUGGAUUUAAAGGGCCCAGGGGGGAACCUGGCCCCCCAGGAUCGCAGGGUGAAGAAGGCAGAGCCGGACCCCCGGGACGGGAUGGUAAUCCCGGGAAAGAUGGCGUUCCUGGUCCUUCCGGGCCGGAGGGUCACAUGGGCCCACGAGGGGAACCGGGGAAACCUGGUGAUCCCGGCCCAUCUGGAAAGCAAGGAUCUCCUGGAAUGCCAGGUGUUAAGGGGCAGAAAGGAGAUGCCGGAAGUCCAGGAUUGCCUGGAUUUAUCGGGCCCAAAGGACCCUCUGGAUCACCUGGUCCAGCAGGAGCUGAAGGAAAACACGGAAUACCGGGAAAACCAGGAGACCGUGGUUCCAAGGGUGAGCGGGGAGAUUCAGGCAUAAAGGGAGAUAAAGGACCACCUGGAGAACCAGGGCUUCCUGGAAAUCCUGGAACUCCAGGUAGAAAAGGCCACACGGGUAUGAUGGGCAUGUCAGGGCCCCCAGGAGAGGUGGGACCUGCCGGUCCACAGGGACCAUCAGGACAACCAGGCUUUCCGGGCCCUCGGGGAGAACCAGUAUCCCUAGAACAAAUGCGAAGGCUAAUCGAAGAGGAACUAGCAAAACAAUUAGACGUCAAGCUCGCCUACCUCAUGGCCCAGAUGCAGCCAGCUCAUGUGAAGAGCAGUGUUGGCCGGCCGGGACCCCCUGGUAUUCCCGGGAAGGAUGGAACUCCAGGCCGACCUGGACCCCCUGGAGAGCCAGGAAUGCCCGGCCCGAAUGGAGGUGACGGGCUAAGAGGACCGAUGGGUCCCAAAGGUGAAAGAGGGUCUAAAGGUGACAGAGGUGAACAUGGUGUUGGAGUGCGGGGAGAAGUUGGCCCCCCUGGUCCUACAGGUCCAGCAGGGAUUCCGGGAUAUGGAAAAGACGGAAUGCCAGGGACACCCGGAGUUCAGGGAGAGCCAGGAAACCCCGGACCUCACGGUUCUUCUGGACCACCAGGGCCUACUGGCCAGUGUGACCCUUCCCAGUGUGCCUACUACGCCAGCCUGGCCUCUCGGCCCACCAACGUCAAGGGGCCUUAGGGGAUAGGAGGCGGCGAGGGGGCCCAUUCACGAACUUCCUGUUUCAUUGAACAAAGAACUGUUCUUUAAAGAAUAAUGAUAACCUCAUUGGGCUGAUUGGGGGAGGUGUUUGUGUGUGUUUCGGGGGGGGGGGGGGGGUGAGAGUAAUGCUGCCGGUCAGAAUUUCUUUUACAUGGUUGGAGUGGGUGGUUUGGGGCAGCGGUGGGUUGACUGUCAGAUCUUUACUGCCAGGGACAGCAGUAGCAGGUUUGCUGCACUAAGGAGCAGCUUCCUGACUGAUGAAUGCCCUUUUCUACGUCCCACUGAUUACAUAUGUCACAGUCUCCUGCCAAUAAUCAGCAAUUUAGACAAAUUACCCAACCACAAACCUUUGCAGGCAUUAAUUAGUAUGUAUCCGCUAAAGAGAAUGAUGUACCUCUUUUUUACUGAUUUCGAGAUUUUUUUCUUUGUUCUGCAGGAGAUGACAUUCAUUUUGAAUACAAAUAUUUUUUUCUAAUGAUUUCUAUUGUGUGAUGUUUUUAUGUUGAGUAGUAUUUUUUUGUGAAACUCCAAUUUCUGAAAUUACGUGGCUAACAUGCAUGCACCAUUAAGGAUAAAUAAUGAAUUGUUUUUGUUAUUGUUUUGAAGAUUAUAGGAUAAUUACCAGUAUUUUUAAUAGGAAAAGGCUUUCCUGAAAAUUACUAACUCUGAGGUCUCUGAAGCAUUUCUUAUUGAAACCAAAAAAUAUGGAGGUUUGAAUAACAUUAGUGACAAAACUUUACAAACACAAGGAAUCAAUGAAUAUAUGACACUGUUUAGCUAAAGUUGUUCAAUGAGAAUAACCAUGUAAUAGCCUUGAUCUAAAUCUCAUAAUAAGCCAGUUUCUUUUGGGACAUUUAGAGCAAUGUCUCUCAACUCCCCCCAAACAGUCCAUAUUUUUGCUCCUUCCCAUCUCCUUGGGAGGGAGCAAAAACAUGGACUGUCUGAGAGUCCCCGAGGACCGGAUUGAGAAACACUGAUUUACGAUGUGGUCAUUUUGUGACGUAUUGAGUCUCAAUAGAACUGUAGUGAAAUUCGCUGCUCUGACUGAGAAGAAAUGCCCCAAAACUUUUAAAUGUCAUAUAUGAAAGUUUUCCGUCUAGUUUGAAUGUGCACUUUCUGUGGCAUAAACCGAAGCUCUGGGAAGACUGUCGAAAUGCGAGCAUGUUUUCCCUUAUAUUUUGUUAAGCUGCAAAUUAAUGGCUGUGUGCUGUAUUCAGAUCUUCAGUUUUGCGCGGCCAACGAGUGAAACUCUUCUAAAGAUCCUUUUUUUUUUGUAUUUGUAAUUAGUACAUGCUUAGAAAACACAAAUAAGCUCACAGUCUCAUUUUAGGGGUUUUCGCUUCUGCUUUUUGGGAAAUAAAUGGCUGUUACAAAACCACUAAUUUAUCGUCAAAAAUUUCAGGCCUUCAUAUGACUCCUUACAGCAUGUGGCGCUGAGCUGGGCCACAAGCUCAGGACUCCGGGACUUACUGUACAUUUCCAUAGUUUGCCAUCUGGAGCAGGACUUGCUGUUUUGAAGGUCACCAACUCUACUUUCCAAUUGGUUUAACGUCUUUUUAUAGAUACCCAGUGGUGCAGUAGAGCUAAAAAUAGUAAAAUGCCACCUGUUCUAGAACUAUUGCCAUGAAAAUGGCGAACAUCACCUUAUUCUACUCCAGAAAAAAACUGUCUUUAAUAUGGAUUAGAUUUUUAAUUCCUAUUUCUUUUAGGGGAGAGUUGACUUGAAUCCAAAGACUUUUAGGCUUUACGCUCAUAAUUUGAAGCUUUUGAACCCCUAACCCUAAGUCAUAAUUACCAAUCACUAUUAGGCAUUUUCAGCUAAGCCCUAGUCAAAAUGCAACUCAUAUUUCAUUUAUAGUUUCUUAUUUUAGUUGGAAUGGUGCUAUCAUCUUCUGUUUGACUUUUUUACGGUAUUCUUGCACCCUAUACGUUUUUUACAAAUACUAAUGGAUUUGUCUUGCUGUUGUGAUUAUAGGUUUUCAAUUAAAUUAUUCUAAGAAGCAAAAAAUAUGCAAUGAUGCUGUCUCUGAAUUCUGUAGUAAGUACUGAAAAGGCAAAGGCAUUCGGAUCCAUUGUAUAGAACCUGCCUUUAAAUCUUGUGAAUACUUCUAUUUUGAGCAUAACUGGAGUGAGUAUUAAUGCCGUUUAACCAGAUAAAUUUAUAAUAAAUACUUGUAAAAUA